GUAAAAACAGAAAAGAGGGUGAAUGAGAAAAGAAAGCAGAGAAAUGAACUAAAAAAAGGACAACACAAAAAUCAGAGAAUAAACAAUAAGUAGGUAACAGGAGAUCCCAACAUGUUAUGUGUUUGUUUUGCAGCAAAAUUCACUGAGUUUCCCCGAAAUGUCACGGCCACUGAAGGGCAGAAUGUGGAGAUGUCUUGUGCUUUCCAGAGCUCUGCUUCAGUGUACCUCGAAAUCCAGUGGUGGUUCCUGCGGGCAGCUGAGGACCAAGAGGCUGGAGCUGAGGUUACAGCACUCAGGGUGGAGCUCUUGCCCGAGCGGGACCUGGACAGCGACGGCACCAAGAUCAGCACAGUGAAAGUACAAGGGAAUGACAUCUCCCACAAGCUGCAGAUUUCAAAAGUAAGGAAAAAGGAUGAAGGCUUGUAUGAGUGCAGGGUGACCGACGCCAACUAUGGAGACCUUCAGGAAUACAAGGCCCAGGCAUUUCUGAAAGUCAAUGCUAACAGCCACUCUCGGCGAAUGCAAGCCUUUGAGGCAUCUCCAAUGUGGUUGCAAGACAUGAAACCUCGCAAAAACAUCUCUGCAGCUGUUCCAAGUAGCAUCCACUCUGCCAAUCAGCGUGUGCAUGCCACCUCCAGCCCUGAAGCAGCAGCCAAAAUCCCCAAACAAAGUCCACAAUCAGGUGCGAGGAUAGCUACAAGCCAUGGACUUUCUGUCCUGCUUCUUGUUUGUGGCUUUGUGAAGGGUGCUUUGCUUUAAUCUAAAAGUGCUGACUUUUUCCAAUAUCACUUUCUCUUCUUAAAGCAAAGAGCAAAUCGCCUGUAAAAUCCACGGAGCGGACAGCAAAGUUGACCCUAACCUCCAACCACCACUCUGCACCCAAUGUACUCUAAAUCUCUACACAAGGAGCACCUUCUUCAGGAAGUACAAACAAAAUUACUAAAUAAAUAAAUAAAAUAAAUAAAUAUUAUAAAAAGAAGAGGAUACCACAUGUUUUCUUGAUAUAUCUUAUUUUCUUUGGCGUAUCACUGAUCUUUUAUUUUGAAGAGAACUGUUGUGAUGUAAUCAAACGUUUUGUAACGGCAAGACCUAGUUUCCUUUUCUUUCGGCAAGGAGAAGCCUCAUCCUUGACUUCUCAGGGGUUGGCCUGCAAGUUGUCAGUAUUACAGAAUUAACCAUGGAUGACAUUUGGUUUCCUACCCUGGAAGAAACGUUCCAGCCUGGAAGAAAACAGAGACCAAAUAAUAAAACAAAACAUAGUGAUUUAACAUCAAGCCCAAUAAAACACCCCAGAAACGUCAUUAAUUUUUUUUUCUUUUUUUUUUUUUUUUUUCAUGAGGAAUAGGAAGGAGAAAAGAAUUUCUACAAAGCAGCUAAGCAGACUAGAAAACGUUGUUUCUGGAAAACAAAUUAGGAUGUUUUUCUUUUGAGUUGUUUGGAUUUUCUAUCAUGCUUUUUCCCCUGUGGAGGUUUUUCCCGUCUUUUUUUGUUUGUUUCCUGUUCAAUGGUGGCAAUUACUGACCAAGGCCAACCCCUGAUAAUUGUGUGGAGGUUUAUAUAUAUACAUCUUUUUUUCACGUGUGUGCGUUCUAUAUUUCAGUGUGUUUUCUCUAAUUUUGCAACUCCUGUAUAUGCAAAACUAACUUAAAUUCUGUAAAUUGCUUACAGUCUGUGUGAUAUAACUUCAGAGUAGACAUACUUUGGUCCUCAUGGAAGCCAGUUUUUAAUAUUAUCUAUAUGUCAUGCCACCAAUAGACAUCUUUAUUUCUUUUUUUGACAAAACAUCACUUUUUAGUUUGUAAUUCAGUACUGUGUGGAUUUUGUAAUACAUACUUUCACUUCCACUGCUUUGACCCAUUUCAGCCCUCUGUUUACUCUGUAAAUGCACAUUAAAAUUUGUUAUGGUCUCUAGACAAUGAAUUACUUUAGUUUUGUGUAUGUUGUGUUGGAGUUCAGAUGCUGAAAAAUGUUUUAAUUUGUGAUGUUUAUAGAGGAUGAAGUGAUUUGAUCACUGGAGACUGUAAAAUGCAGGUUUGCAGUCAAAUACUGCAUGUAAAAGAAGGUUAGAAAGGGAAAAAGGAAAAUAGAACAGGGCUUAAAGGAUAUUCUUUUAGUAAAGAAUUUUAGGAAAGUGAGCUUGUUACACUGAUAAACUAUAUUCACAUCACAGCUCCUUCUACAUGGCCAAAGAAACAUCUUUCUUUGCUUUUUCUGGAAGAUUAUCAUUACUCAUUGAUAUUCUCAAUUAAAACACAUUAUGUAUGUGAAC